CGUGUCAGCCAUUGGAAGGAAAAAAUUAUAAUUAUUCUCUAGAGAGUGGGGUAAAACUUCCAGGUCGGCAGCCUCUGCUUAAAAACCUCCAAUCCCCUCUGUCUCCAUCUCUCUUAUCUUUCUCUUCCUCCGAUUAUUUCAAAAAUCAUCCGAUGAACAAUUUUUCUCUACCCAGGAUCGAUGCUGCCAUUUACAUUUGACCAGUUGUAGGGUGUUGAGAUUUUUCUGAUGACGUUUCGUGGUCCUUUAUCUCGAGUGCUGAUUAUAUUUUGAGCAUACCUUAUUUUUAUUGGUUAAACGUGGGAAAGAAGAAACAAUUGACUCUUUACUGGUGGGUGCUUGAUCACCUGAAUUCUGGGAAACUGUUCUUACCCUGUCUGCAAUGGAGUGCUUAGCACAACUUGAAGCGUUGUGUGAAAGACUGUACAAUUCACUGGACUCUGCUGAACGAGCUCAUGCAGAGAGUACUCUGAAAUGCUUUUCUGUGAAUACUGACUACAUUUCACAAUGUCAAUACAUCCUGGACAAUGCAUCGACUCCUUAUGCAUUGUUGUUGGCUAGUUCGAGCUUGUUGAAGCAAGUGACCGAGCAUAAGCUCCCUUUGCAGCUCCGGCUUGAUAUUCGAAACUAUAUUAUAAACUAUCUGGCCACCCGAGGACCUGACUUGGAGCCUUUUGUUGUUGGAUCCCUAAUUCAGCUCUUUUGUCGAGUGACAAAAUUUGGGUGGUUGGAUGAUGACAGAUUCCGAGAGGCGGUUAACGAGUUGAUUAAUUUUUUGAGUCAGCCAACACACCACUUUGCCAUUGGUUUGAAAAUAUUGAAUCAGCUUGUUUCUGAGAUGAAUCAGUCAAAUCCAGGAGUGCCUUUGAGUCAUCAUCGUAGAAUAGCUUGCUCUUUUCGGGAUCAGUCCCUUCUUCAAAUUUUCCAGAUAUCUCUGACUUCACUGUAUCAACUCAAAGAUGAUGAUGGAAGCAAGUUGCAAGAACUGGCUCUUUCACUUUCUCUUAGAUGCUUAUCAUUUGAUUUUAUGGGGACAUCGUUUGAUGAAAGUUCAGAUGAGUUUGGUACAGUUCAGGUGCCUUCUUCUUGGAGGCCAGCCCUGGAGGAUCCCUCAACUCUGCAGAUCUUUUUUGAUUACUAUGCACUCAAUAAAACCUCUCUCUCGAAGGAGGCUUUGGAGUGCUUAGUUAGGCUGGCUUCUAUAAGGCGGUCUUUCUUUGUCAAUGAUGCUACACGGUUGAAAUUUUUGGCCCACCUAAUGAUAGGAACAAAGGAGAUUUUACAAACUGGAAAAGGUCUUACCGAUCAUGAUAAUUAUCAUGAGUAUUGUCGUCUCCUUGGACGCUUUAAGGCGAAUUAUCAGUUAUCCGAUCUUGUGAACAUGGAGGGCUAUAGGGAUUGGAUACGCUUAACAGCAGAGUUCACAUUGAAGUCUCUGGAGUCUUGGCAGUGGGCCAGUGGCAGUCUUUACUACCUUCUAGGGCUGUGGUCUCGUUUGGUAACAUCUGUGCCAUAUUUGAAGGGUGACGCACCAGCCCUGCUGGAUGAAUAUGUGCCUAAGAUUGUAGAAGGUUUUGUCUCAUCAAGAUUGGAUUCCUUGCAGGAUGAGUUCUCAGAUGAUCUCUCUGAAAAUUUGCUUGACAAUGUUGAACUUCUUCAGGAUCAGCUUGAUUGCAUUCCUCACCUUUGCAGAUUUCAGUAUGAAAGAUGUAGCGUAUAUAUAUUAACGGUUAUGGAGCCUAUCCUGCAAAUCUAUAUGGAAGAAGCACGCCUACAGGCCAGUGCAGAUGGAAGUGAACUGUCUCUUGUUGAAACAAAACUUGCUUGGAUAGUACAUAUAGUCGCUGCUAUUCUUAAGAUAAAGCAAUUUAAUAGCUUUAGUGGGGAAUCACAGGAAAAAAUCGAUGCAGAACUUUCAGCACGUGUGUUGCAGUUGGUAAAUGUCACAGACAGUGGAUUACACCGUCUGAGAUAUGGUGAAAUAAGCAAGCAACGACUUGAUCAUGCAAUUCUCACCUUCUUCCAACAUUUUAGAAAGUUAUAUGUUGUUGACCAGGCAGCGGAUUCAUCCAAGCAAUUAUAUACUCGAUUAUCUGAGCUUCUUGGCCUCCAUGAUCACCUACUCGUAUUGAACUUGAUUGUCGGAAAGAUUGCAACAAAUCUCAAGUGCUACAUGGGUGAAGAGAUUAUCAGUCAUAGCUUAAGUCUCUUCUUUGACAUGGCAUCUGGAUAUAUGACGGGAAAGUUACUUCUAAAGUUGGAUACUGUCAAAUUCAUUAUUUCACAUCACAGUAGGGACCACUUCCCAUUUUUGGGAGAUUACCGAUGUUCUCGUAGCAGAACAACCUUCUAUCACACUAUUGGUUUGUUGAUAUUCAUGGAGGAUAGCCUUUUGAAGUUUAGGACCUCUAUGGAUCCUCUUUUGCAGGUUUUUGUCAGCUUGGAAUCAACUCCUGAGGAAAUGGUUCGAACAGACACAGUAAAAUAUGCAUUAAUUGGGUUGAUGCGGGAUCUAAAAGGAAUUGCAAUGGCCAUAAAUAGUCGAAAAAUGUAUUCUUUCCUUUUUGAUUGGUUAUAUCCGGCACACAUGCCACUUCUCCUGAAAGGCAUCUCACAUUGGUCAGAUAUUCCAGAGGUAACUACCCCAUUGUUAAAAUUUGUGGCUGAGUUGGUGCUGAACAGAUCCCAGAGAUUAAUUUUUGAUUCAUCAUCUCCUAAUGGUAUACUGCUCUUUCGAGAAGUCAGCAAAUUAAUUGUAUGUUAUGGGUCAAGGGUUUUGGCACUUCCCAAUCCUGUGGAUAUAUAUGCCUCCAAAUACAAGGGAAUCUGGAUUUCUUUCACAAUUCUUUCAAGAGCACUCACUGGAAACUAUGUCAACUUUGGUGUGUUUGAACUGUAUGGUGAUAGGGCACUUGCUGAUGCUCUUGACAUUGCUCUAAAAAUGAUGUUAUCCAUUCCUUUGGCUGAUAUACUCGCAUAUCGAAAGCUCACAGUGGCCUACUAUGCAUUGUUGGAGGUGUUAUUCAACAGUCAUAUUGUUUUCAUUUUGAAUCUCAAUACAAGUACAUUUAUGUAUAUUGCUGGAUCUCUUGAGGUGGGUCUUAAAGCUCUGGACACAAAUAUUGUAUCACAGUGUGCAUCGGCUAUUGAUAAUUUGUGUACAUUUUAUUUCAAUUGCAUUACAUUGGGAGAGUCACCCAAUUCUCCGGCUGCUCUGAAUCUUGCUCGACACAUUGCAGAGUACCCUGGAUUGUUUCCUGAAAUAUUAAAGACCCUCUUUGAGCUUGUUCUAUUUGAGAACUGUGGCAACCAGUGGAGUCUUAGCAGACCAAUACUAAGCUUGAUACUUGUCAGUGAAGAGAUGUCCACAAAUUUGAAGGCUCAAAUUUUGGCUUCACAACCUGUAGAUCAAAGGCAACUUCUUUCCAUGUGCUUUGACAAACUUAUGACGGACAUAAAUCAAAGUUUGGACUCAAAAAACAGGGACAAGUUCACCCAGAAUCUGACCAGAUUCAAGAACGAAUUCCGCAACAAAUAAAUUGUGACACCCUUCACGCAGCAGCAACAAGUUUAUGCCAGUAGAAGGAAUUCAUGUGUUUGUCCCAUUAAUCUCUGAGCCAAAAACAAAACUGAAAAAAGGGAGGGGGGACAGAACAGGAAACCAAUUUCCUAUGUUGUGAAAAUGUGUUGCAAAUUCCUUGAUUUCUUUGUACAGGAAGUGAUUUAUGUGUAGUUUUCUUGGGUUAUCAUAAAUCAUACUGGGAACUGGAGGAAAAGAUAGAAAAUACGAAGUGACUGCUAGGCUUGUAUGGGUUCACCAAGGUGGGGUUAGAAGAUUGUAGUUUUUUUUAUUUUCAAUUCUUUUUUAGGAGAAAAAAAAAAGAAAAAAGAAAAAUUAUGAUUUGUAAUUUUCUUUUUUACAAAGAUAGGUGGUGGAAACUUAAUUUGCUAAAUCAGAUAAUAUAUGCAUAUUUUUCCUCCACUGA